UCCGCAAAUGGGCCCUCUUUCCCAGGGCACCCCCUGUCCAGACCUUCCCUGGGCUCUGUGGGUUUUGACACCUCUCUGCAACCUGGCAGGGGACCACCUCACACCUUUGGUCCAGAUAAAAGCUAGGGCCUGGAGGAGGCGAGUCCGGCUUCCCAGAGUCACACCAGCCAUGGCCCAGUCGCCUCCUCCCCAGAGCCUCCCUAGCCUCGACCACUGGGUUUUCUCCGAGGGUUGGGGAUGGGUCCAGCACUCCGACUCCACGUCUCCGGCCUCGUCCUCGGAUUCGUCCGGAUCAUGUCCCUGCUACGCUACCCGCCGCCCUUCACAGCCUGCGGGUCCGGCCCGGAGCGAGCGCAAUACCCAGACCGCCCCAACGGCACCCCGACGAGCACGGCCGGCACCCGCAGGAGGACAGCGGCAGAGCGCUAGCGAGCGGGAGAAGCUGCGCAUGCGCACACUCGCCCGCGCGCUGCAGGAACUGCGCCGCUUCCUACCACCGUCCGUGGCGCCUGCAGGUCAGACCCUGACCAAGAUCGAGACGCUGCGCCUGGCCAUCCGCUACAUUGGCCACCUGUCGGCCUUGCUGGGCCUCAGCGAGGACAGUCUGCGGCGCAGGCGCCGACGGAGCGCGGACGCAGCGUCCUCUCACCGAUGCCCUCUGUGCCCCGAUGACGGCAGCUCCUCCCAGGCUCAGAUGCUUGGCCCUGGCCUGGGAUCAGCCAUCAGUAGUGAGGUGUCCUGGGGGUCCCCACUCGCUUGUCCCGAACCCCGAAUCUCACCUGAAAACGUUGGGAGUAGGAUCUCCUAUGUGGAUCCCUGGGUGACACCUCCUUAUUGUCCCCAAAUACAGUCAUCCUUACACCAGUCCCUAGGGAGAACCCCUGACCCCUCUCACUGGACACCACCCCAAACCUGUCCUGGCAUGCAGAUAUCCCCAGAGCCUAAGAACAAGAGUGGACGUUGGGCACCAUCCACUGCACCUGCAGAGUUGACUGAGGUGUACCAGACUCUUUCCGUGUCUCCAGAACCCUGCCUGUCCCUGGGAAGCCCACCCCUCCUGCCCCGCCCUUCGUGCCAGAGACUACAGCCUCAGCCUCAGUGGGGCUGCUGGGGCCACAGUGCAGAGGUGCUCUCCAGCUCCCAGGACCAGGGUUCCAGCCCUGCCCUCCAGCUUCCUGUGGCCAGCCCCAACCCCAGCUCAGGCCUGCAGCUCAGGGGCUGUCCUGAACUUUGGCAGGAAGACUUGGAAGGACCCGAGCCUGCUAUCUUCUACUAACGGCCUGGGCUGCAGCCUGUCGGUGCGGAGUUGGCACUGCCCUGCGAGGACCUUUAUCUGCCUCUUUUGUGAUCUCUCGAGCCUUCCUUAGCUAUGGAUCCCUUUUCCCGGAUGAUGCCUUUCACAGGAACUUUCUGGGAUAGAUG